AUGGAAAGAGCCAAUUUGUCUUUGUCAAAAAGCAAGUUAAAAUCUACUUACCAGCAUGCAAAUUUCUCAUUUGGCUUUCUUUUUGGUUGCAGAUCUUCGAAGUUGGUUGAGCCCAAAACGAAAGACGAACUUGAUGAAAUAGACAACUUCUUUAAGUCACAAUUGGGUCGUAAAAACUACUGGGUGGGAUACGCUAAGAUUCAGAUGACUAUUUUCGAAGAAUGUGAUACUCCUCUAAACGACGCUGAGUUCCGAAGUAUCAGUGAUUUUUCGCCGAUUCCCGAGGGUAUGUGGAAACGAUCCGAACCCAACAAUCAUCGCUCACAAGGUGAAUGGUGCGUUGAAUCGGAGGUCGGUAAGGGUCUGAAUGAUGAAAAUUGUGACAAUGAUAAUUCAAAUGAUGUCGUAAAUGUUGCACUGUGUGAAUACAAUUUGCCAUCUGCAGCCGGCGGUUCUAAAAAAGACAAGAAUGAUGGACCUAGUGAAAGUGACGAAUCUGAUGAAGAUGACGAUGCCACUGGCGCUUCCAGUGAACACGACGAUGCGAAAAAAGAUGGCGACUCCGAAGAAGACGAAGACGAUAAUUCCGAGGAAGAUGACGAAUCAAAUGAAGACGAUGGUCACAACGGAGAUGACGAAUCUGGCGAGGACGAUGAAUCCAAUGAAGACGAUGAAAACGACGAUGACGACAGUGAAGUUGGAGAAGAUGACUCCAAAGAUGAAGAUUCAGAUCAUUCGAAUACCAAGAAGACGCCAUGCUGA